CGGGGCGUAUGGAGGCGGCGGGGAGGGAAGUGUGGAGGAGGCUGCCGAGGGGCUGAUGAGAGCCGCCGGUCUGCAGCCACCAGGGCCCCCUGAGCCAGCGCGCCCGCCUCGAGCACCCGCCCCCACCACCACUCCCACUCUUACCGCCGCCCCCACCACUACACAACGCCUACCUGGCGUGCUCCCAGCCCACCCCGCCCGCCUCCUCCUCAUGCAGUCCGCAGCCGCUGCAGGCGGCCAUGGCAGCCCUGCAGGCGGCCAUGGUGGCUCCCCCAGUCCGCUGCUGCGGCUGGGUCGCGGCGCCAGUUUGUUCCGCGCGGAGGCCAACGAGGCGGGUGUGCGCAGCGUGGAGAACGGACUCAUCCCCGCCAAGAUGGUGCGCGUGCGGCUGCUGCACUACCUCAUCGCGAAGCUAGUGGGUCUGGGCGGCUUCGACCCCGACCCGCUGUCCUCCGUGGACCCCGACCCCGCCUCCCUGCCGCACAUGCCGCUGGCGCUGGGCGAGGAGCUGCUCAGCCUGGCGUCCGCGGCGGAGCGCUCGCGCAUGGCCUUUGCGUUCGGAGCCAUGAAGGGGGGAGCGGGGGGAGGAGCGCAGG